AUGCCAGCCCGAGGAAGUGGUGCGGGGCUAAAUGACGAUGUUUGGAUAACACGCAGUGAAGACGACCGAGUAUUGUGUCGUGCUUGCUCUGCCGGAAACCCCCCAGAACGGCAUGUGUGGAUAGCGCGGAGGAGCACGAGCAAGCACGAGGACUCGGCAGACCACCGGAAAGCGUUGGCAAUUGUCAGCGCCGGGCAGCAGCGACUGAGGGACCUGGAGUUGGAGCGCCAACUGGCUGCUCGCACCCGACUGGCGCCACGACAACCAGCGCAGCCUAUCCUCGCCCCAGUCCCGAUGCAGCGUGUCGCGGGUGUGCCGAGUAUGGCGGAGGCUGAGAUGUGGCGCGCGUAUGAGGAGGACGGGGCAGCCUUCAGUGCGGGGCUGGACACGGCAGAGGAUGGUCGAGUGGCUCACAGCCUCUUGGAUCAACAGGCGGAGCUUUUUGGUCUGUGGGACCCCGAGGGAGUGGCGCAACGGUUGGGGUUCGGGAAUGGAAUGGUGGAGGACGCGCUGAAUGAACGCGACGAGGAGGAGGAUUUCCUCGCUGAGUUACUGGCCAACGCAGGUGUCGCUGGGCCCACCGAGGAGGAGAUUCAGACUGCUGGCACCCAGAGAACCCCACUAACGGCUGGAUACUUUCCAUAUCCGAAUAAAACGGUGUGUUUUCUGCACUUUUCGAGUUGCCCGCAUUUUUCUGAAUUGAAGAUGGUGCAGAUGUUCCUCCUUGACAUUCUCGACAACCUUCCGCGACUUCGGGUCUCGAAAUCUCUCAUGCGAGUCAUACUGUGGAUCAUGCGCGAAACUGGUGCCCAAGACAUUCCUUCUCUCGAAGGCCUCAACCGAGUUCAGAAGGAAAUUCGAGCCGAAUCGGGUAUUCCCACUCUCCCUUGCCUGUCGCCACUGGGAAACGUCUUUUUUAUGAAUGAUCCUUGCGCAAUUGUCGCACAUGAUUGGGCCAAUCCUGCAAUCCGGAAACAUAUUCGUGUGUACCCAGAAAUUCCUAGCAACGGCAUCGUUUGCGAGAUCUGGCAUGCACAAAAAUGGAGGAAGAAUAUGGAUCUUGACGCGCUCAGUCCGAUGUACGACGCGGGAAAUGCACAUUUCUAUGUCAACGAACUCUGCCGCCUUCAGGACGGCAAGUUCGUUGUUCCUAUACGCUGGGUUACUGUCAACUCUGCCGUUUGGGCAGAUUGUUACAGUGUCGAAAUUGACACAGUUGGCGAAGCAGCAAUUGAUGAUUCAAAGACGUACCUCGUUGCAGCUGCAGAUAUGAAGGAAAAUUAUCUGGACCUCCUUGAUCUCGGAGCGGUGCCGCCAUGGAAUUUUCUCAUGCCAGCAGCGGCGACAUUUUCGAAGGGACACCCCGCAAGGAUGCCCAAUCGUAAACGUGCCAUUGCGGGUGGCUGUCCAAUGUACACCAGCCUUGUCGACUACUUUGGUGACGACGUAUCCGGAAAUCGCUCUAAAUCAUGGAACAAGCAUUGGAACGCGUAUAUGACGCAUCGAAAUCUUCCCCGAAAACUGCUGCAGCAAGAAUAUCAUAUCCAUUUCGUCUCGACCUCCCCCAAUGCGUCCAUUUCCGAACAAUAUCGCGAAUUCAAGACCGCCAUUGAAGCCACACACACCAAGCCGAUUGCUGUCCAAGACGACGCAGGCAAUACGACAAAGAUCUGCGUCUACUGUAACGCCGGCCCUUCCGACAACCCGAUGCAGAGUGAGGUAUCAUCUCAUAUGGGUGGCCAGGCCAACUACUUCUGUCGAAAAUGCAAGGUCGGCGGCCCAAAAGCGCACAAGCACUCGAAUGUUGGGUAUGAAGAGCUCUUCAAGCCUGGUGUUCCGCGAACCAAAGAAUAUGUGCUCGACGAGUUGCGGCUUCAAGUCCGGCAUGUGUGUGGUGGGACAACAAUGGACAAGCUCCAGAAGAUCCAGCGCAACACGGGCGUGAAAGACGCAUAUACGCAGCAAUGGAUCACAGGUCUCGAAGCCCGUUUUGCGCAACUGAGCGUUGCCGACCCCGAACGACCAGCAGCAAACAUCAAAGCGGAGCUCAUGAAGUGGGUAGAUGAGAACGACGAAAAGAUCUAUAGUGCUUUCUUGCGAACAACAGCGUUCGAUCCUACACGCGAUACACCGAUCGAACUCUUACAUACGAUUCUCCUUGGUGCAGUCAAGUACGUGUGGCACAUCUCGCACACCGGCUGGUCCGACAAGGAGAAGACAACAUAUUCGCAGCGUUUACAAGCGACCGAGACGAGCGGGCUUUCGAUUCAUGCCAUUCGCGCCAAGUACAUUAUGCAAUACGCCAAUUCACUCAUCGGGAAACAACUUAAGACUGUCGUUCAGACAGGCAUAUUCCAUGUGCAUGAUUUGGUCUCGGACGACCAUCUCGCCGCAUGGCAAGCAUUAGGCGAGCUCUCUGCCUUGCUCUGGGUCCCCGAAAUUCACGACAUAACUCAGUAUCAUACCGACCUCGAAACAGCGGUCGCAAACCUGCUUGAUGCUGUCGCCGUUAUCGAUCCUUCCAAAAUCAUAACGAAAAUCAAAUACCACCUGCUUGCACAUGCUGCUGAUGACGCAAUGGAAUUUGGACCACUCAUUGGCCUUGCGACGGAGCUAUUUGAGAGUUUCAACGCCAUUUUCCGCUAUUGCUCAGUACUAUCGAACCAUCUGGCACCAAGCCGCGACAUCGCUCUUCAGCUGGGAGACCAGGAAGGGCUCAAACAUCGACUAACUGGUGGACUUUGGGCGGCAGAAGGCAAACAGAAAUGGGUCCGAGCGGGCUCUGAUGUUCGCCAUUACUUAGAAAAGCACCCCAUCCUACAGAAACUCUUGGGCUGGACGCCACAAAAGAGUGUGGAUAUUGGCAAUGUAAAGUUGACCCCACUCACACGGGGUGAAGAUAAGCGAUUAUUGCGUGAAUUAAGCGCGACAACGGCAGCAAAAGCAACAAACUAUCAUGACUACGCGUCAAACUCAGGAUGGGACAACGGAAAAUCCUUUAUCUGCCAAUCGCAGGAUGAAUGUCGCGUUGGGUCUUGGGUUUUUGCACCGUGGCUAUCAACUCAUACCGUAAUUCCUGCCCGCGUUGUAGAAAUCCUCAAGGGUACCGAGGCCAACCUUGCCGUUUUGGAACGCUUCCAGACAUCGGCGAACCGCGAUCCAGUAUAUGGGAUGCCGGCAUUGAUUCGACCCGAUGGCGAAACACUCCUUCUCAUUGUUCCAACGAAGGAUGUCAGCUUUAGUUUCAAUGCACAACACGACUGUCGUGCAGCCCAAUGUGCGGCCACCGGUUCCCGCGCCAUUAUUCAAGAACGUGUCGCAUCUGAAAAGACAGAGCACUUUGUCAUACACAAGGACCUUGACCGCUACAUCAUCAACCUCCAUUCUUUCCAUAAUGCCCACCUCCUGCGUGCAACGCUUCCCCCGCCAUCUCUGGGCACCUGUUCCACUCUUCGACGACCGUCCAGCAAAGCACAUCGAGUUUGCGACGCAGCUUUUCGCAAUCGGAAUACUGCGAAGGGAGCCAAAGGAGCAAGUGAUGGAGUGGCUAAUCCCGCGUCAGACACAGUGGGAACCACCAUGCAGCGGGCCAAGCGCCGUCGAGCCAAGGACAACGACUCCGAUGCUGAGUCAGCACCAGCACGCAAGCGCGCUCGCAAGGCUGCUCCCAAGAAGAAAAAGCCAAAGGCACAGGCUAAUGCCAUCCCCAUCGCAGUCUCUGUGGCGAUUUCGGGAAGCACAAGUUUGGCAGCAGGACGAACCAAGCGAACGAUAACAAAAACGGUGAAGGCGCUGGCAGCGGAGGAAGCUUCGAGUGAUUCUGAGGAAGUGUCGGACAGUGAUCAGAUGUCGGAAAAAGAUUAUGAGACAAGCGAUGAAGAGUACCAAUAG